AAAAACCUGAAAUAAAUUUAGUAAUCUGUUUGCAAAUUUAGACGGUUUCCUUUCAAAAGACGCCGACAAAAUGGCGAACGAACAAAAACUUUUAGUUAAAUGUAUUUCGAAACUAGAUAGUAUGUCUCAUGGAUUAACGGACAAUCGUCCAAAAAAUUUAGAAAAACUGAAAAAUACUCUUAAAAAAGAAACCGAGGUUAUUUAUGUGAAUCAAAUUCUGAUAUAUUUGUUGACUCUGGAUUUCACCAUUCCUUUAAAGAACGAAGAGGACAUUCAUAAAACUGAUUCUGAACUUGAUAAAGAGAUCGCUGAAACGGUUUUUAAACUAGCCCAGGAUCAAGGAAGACAGGUGUUCGCGUUACCAUGCGAUUCAGAAUUACACCAUCAAAUCGAAAGUAAAGUGCAGGAGUGGUAUUCGCAGAAGCGUCGCCAUGUAGAUCCCAACAACCCUGCCCUGGGUAUUGCGACUGCAUGUACCAUAAACGCACAUUUAGAUGUUGACAAAAUUGUCAAGCAUCUGGAACACCUUGACAUAAUGCACCAAUGGCUGGAAUUGGUCUCUUUCAAAUUUCCGGACAGUGAGGCUUUCGGAGAGCUCAUGAAGGCUUGGGAGAAAUGGACUGAGAAAAUAAAAGAAGGCCUUGGUGAAGCAUCAGCUUGUACUUAUCAACUGUUCUCGACCAUGAUAAAAGAAGCAAAUGACUCAAUUCAAAACACUAGGAUAAAUGAAAUAGGGAGAUACUGUGAAGAAAUGUAUGUCAGUAAGUAUCCAGAAUAUAAGUCACACAGAAAGAGAGAAGUUAAAAUUGAGCAAAUGGAAACAAAUGAAGAAAGUCAGAAUUCAGAGCAACUAGAAAUGGCUGCCGUAAGUGAGGACAAAAAACAGUCACUCCUUAAUUCGCCGCUUUAUUUGUGGCCGGUUGGAAUAGAACCGGAUGUUGUUUAUGUAAUCCUUAAGCUAGGAGCAGCAGAGAAAAAACCAGAAACAAUGCAUCAUUUUAAAGACUUUGUUAAAAGCAUUGGUGACGUAACAUAUGUGGUAUCACCUAAGUAUAUGCUGAUGUCACAUGUUUCAAAAGAAAAUGCAGUGUCCGAGGGUGAAGAGGUUACGUUAAAUGUCCGGCUUGGUUCAACUGAAUCUAAAAAGACAUUCCAACUGAAAGACACCAGUGCACUCGGAUCCGUCCUGAUAUUUCCCGGAAAACGAAAACCAUUUCAAGGAAAGUCGUUUAAAAGAUUUCGGCGCAUGUUUGAUCGUAUGGAUACAUCAACAGACACGGCGAAAGAAACGCUUCGGGGGUUUCAGGAAUACGUUCUGAAGACAGUAAAACAUUUGUCUCAAAGCACAGGCGCUGCACUUCUCUAUGACGAUGCAGAUGCAAACGUUCGUUGCAGAGACAGCCUACAAGAGUACCUGAAAUCAUUAUCCGAGAGCAAUGGCGUCAGCGAAGAAGAAUUUUCCAAAGAAUUGCUCCGACGAAGUUUUGAAAUAGCUACAGUUCCUGCUGAUACGUUGGUCAAUCUUUUGAUGAAAACUGGAUACUUGCAAAUCAACGAGGUAGAUAUGUCUGUAACCUAUACACCUGGAUACAGAAAACAGAAAUAUAUGGAACAAGGCACGGCAGAAUCCAGUUUUUUACGGGAAUGGGAACGAUUCUACAAACAAAUGGACAAGCCGUCGGACAUAGAAAUGGGUACCUACUCCAGGAAACGCAAACACCACAUGCCUUUGUUCGACUAUAAACGGCAAAGGAUUAUAGACGUUUAGAAUUGCAUGUGAAUGUAUGUUCUUUUGUACAGGCAAAGAAUGUGUAUCAUAUUUGACAAAUACCGUAUUUGCCAUUUCAUUCAUUUGUUAUUCAGUUUUUUAAGUAUUUUCGGUGAUUUCGGAUUUCCGUGCUGAGGGGCGAAUGCGAAAGAGGUCUUAGUCCAUAAAUGAUUUUGUAUACAUUUGGUUUCCAUUGUUUUGUAUGUGUUUGCCAUUUACAAUCUCUGGGAUGUCACCACUGCCAUGAUCAUGUACACUUUGUAUAUUGAAUGAUAGUAGCAACUUGAGUGUUUGACAAAAUUAAACGUUUUUAGAGUUUCA